ACCCAAAACCAACUCAAAGAAGAACGAAAUGCAACAUGGCUCGUUUCUCAUCUCCACUCAUUUCUUAUGUCUUUGUGUUCACUGCAUUUUUCUUCUUUGUCCAACUCUCCUUCGGAGAGAAUGGUGGAGAAGGUUCGCUCAGGCCUCAAGAGUGUGCAAGCGCAUGCCAACAAAGGUGUUCUGCGACAUCACACAAGAAGCCAUGCCUGCUCUACUGUAACAAGUGCUGCAACAAAUGCUUAUGUGUUCCAUCUGGCACAUAUGGUCAUAAAGAAGAAUGCCCUUGCUACAACAACUUGAAAACACAGGAAGGCAAACCCAAGUGUCCUUGAUUAUAUUAUUAUUCCCGAAAGUAAAA